GUACUCAAAUACAAGAAACUCCCCUCAGAUAAUGAGAAGUUUGCACUGCUUAAUGAUCUUGGCUGCCGCAGCAUCGACUGUGUCUUAACAUCCUUGACAAAACUGGCCAUUGUCAGUGAAGACAACGGUGAUGCUGAAAAUGACGAAUGUGCAAACGAUGAGCUGGAGGAGCCAAACUCGCAAGAGUCUAACGGAAAUACCCCAAAAUUGCCGGCUUUAAUUUCAGAAACUGUUGAAAUUAUGAUGGAGCUGACAGUUGCUGAACUAAAUGUGGCGGUGGUCGAUAAACUUGUCGGUUCUGUUUUGGAAUUUGUGCUUAUGGACUCAAAGGCUCACCUCAAACAGGAUGCUGCCAAAGAACAUGACCAUCUUCCGCCCUUCACCAGGUCACUUUUGCGGAUCUUCCAGAAGAGGGAUGUUUUGAAAAAACGUUUCUUUGACCAGCUGCAGACCUGCCUGAAUUCAGAGAGAAUCAACACCGUGCCCCAGAUAAAAGGAGUGCUGCUUAUGCUGGAGGUGUUGGCAUCAGAUCUGGCAGAGGCCACACUGACUGCUCUAUACAAGGCUCUGGACAAUCUCCUUGAUGGUAUACCCACAACUGAUUGCAGUGAAAGAGCUUUAGGGGACCUGAAGAAAACGAUUAAAGAGAAACUUCACAAGACAUCUGUCUCAAACGUAGAGGUAGCAGCGUAG